AUGGACGCUCUCAACUUCUUCAAGUUCUGGAGAAACAACACUACAACAACAACCGCCUCAAACAUCACUGUUCCUCAUCUUGCUGUCGAAACCGACACUGAAUCAGACGAAAACGAUUCCUUCUUUGAUCUAGAACUCACCCUCAACGAAACCAACUACGACCAACCUCUCAAAACAACAAACAUUACUACCCACGAAACUGGAGUUAAUGUUCCACAUAAAACAGCGGUUCCUCUGUCUCCAAAGGAACCCAUUUCGAAGCGAAAAGUGCUUCCAAUUGAACCUACUACGAAGCCUCAAUCACCCAUUUCGCUUCUAAGAUCAGCACCGAGUUUCAGAAUCUUCACGUUCAGAAAACAGAGAAGAAUCCCUUCUGAAAAAACAGAACAUGAACAGACUCAGACUCGGAAGAAAGAAACUAAAGUCUUCGCUGUGAAAGUUAACAUGGAGGAUUUUCAUUGUACUCCAACGCUUAGCAGAGACAACAGCACGAGAAGCUUCGCAAGCAAAGCUCGGAAUCAGGGAACAGAGGAAGCUAAAACAGAACGCGUUUCGAAAGAGAUUUUGCUUAAGUAUUUGAAGUUGAUUAAGCCUUUGUAUGUUAAGGUUUCGAAGAGGUACAGUGAGAAGGUGAAGUCCCCCGGCGAAAGGAUGACUGUGAUGAGUUCGCCGUCUUCGUCACCGGCGGUUCAGAAACAAGGGAGUUUCCCGGCGGGGAUGAAGGUGGUUUCUAAGCAUUUUGGUAAGAGUAGGUCGUCGGGUACGGUUGUCGGAGGUGGUUCUCCGGCGAAGAGGAGUGAUGAUACGCUGCUGCAACAACACGAUGGAAUCCAAAGUGCUAUUCUUCACUGCAAGAAAUCGUUUAACUCCAGAGAUUGUUCAAUGGGUGUUUCUGAGGAUAAAUCAAUGUGUUCAACGAGAAGUUCUUUUGAAGACGAAGUGUGA